AUGGACUCCAUGUUCGAGGACGACAUCAGCAUCCUGACGCCGGAGGCGCUGGGCCCGGACGAGGACUGGCUCGACAGCCCCACCACGGACCUGUCGGGAGAGACCUGCUCCGCCUCGCACUUCGCCCUCGUCACCGCCUACGACGACAUCAAGAACCGGCUCACGGGGCUCGAGCGCGAGAACUCGGCGCUCAAGCGGCGCCUCAAGAUGUACGAGCUCAAGUUCCCGCUCAUGGGCGAGUUCGGCGAGGAGCAGCUCUUCUCCCUCUACGAGGCCAAGGAGACGUCGCUGCUCAAGAGCGAGAAGGCGACGCUGCAGCAGCAGCUCAACCAGUUCCAGCAUGAGCUGCAGAAGAGCAAGGAGCGGGAGGAGCAGCUGGACGAGAUGAUCCAGGCCUACGAGAAGCUCUGCGUGGAGAAGAGCGACCUGGAGUCGGAGCUGGCUGAGAUGCGGGCGCUCGUGGAGACACAUCUGAGCCGCAUCCGGAGCCUGGAGCAGCAGCUGCGGCAACGCGACGGCGGCUCCUUCGGCAGCCUGGGCGCCCCCCUGCCCAGCCAGGACGUGCCCUUCCUGCCGCUGCACGGCGGCCCCGGCCUGAGCCACGUGCUGGACUGCCCCGUGGGCUGGCCCGGCCGCAGCCUGGAGCAGCUGGAGGCCGAGCUGGAGGCGGCGCGGCAGGAGGCCCAGCGCGCGCAGCACCGCGAGGAGCACCUCGGCGCCGAGUGCGAGCGGCUGCAAGCCGAGCUCAAGCAGCUGCAGGAGAGCCGGGCGCAGGAGCAGUCGGAGCGCGACAUGGCCUGGGUGAAGAAGGUGGGCGACGAGCAGGUGAACCUGGCGCUCGCCUACACGGAGCUGACGGAGGAGCUGUGCCGCCUGCGGAGCCUCAGCGCCCUGCAGAGCCAGAUCCUGCGCGCGCUGCUGCAGGACAAGGGCCUCAACGGCGGUAAGGGGCACGCGGGGGCCGGGGCRAGCGGCGGCUGGAGGGCAGCCCCUGCGCCGCCCGGGCCGGCUGCGAGCCAGCGCCACUCGCCGCUGUCGCAGUGCCACUCGCCGGCCCAGCAGCGCCGCUCGCCCGGCCCGCAGGCGGCCGCCUCUCCGCACCGGCUGCCCGGCGAGCGGGCGCCGCUGGAGCUGGGCUACGCCAAGCCCUCGAGCCGCCACAUCAAGGCGAGCUUCCAAGGGCGCCGCAGCUACUCGGAGGUGAGCAACGGCGCGCUCUUCCAGCAGGGCCGCGCGCUCUGGCUGCAGCCCGAGGCCUCCACGCUGCCCAAGCCGCGGCCCUACGGGGAGCUGUACGCGGGCGGCCCCCGCGAGCCCUUCGAGGAGCACGUGCGCUUCGAGAAGCAGUCGUCGGACGAGGACGAGUGGGCCGUGCCCAGCCCGCCCAGCCCCGAGGCCGGCGCCAUCCGCUGCGCGUCCUUCUGCGCCGGCUUCCCCAUCCCCGCCGCCGCCAGCGCCUACGCCCGCGCCGAGCACGCGCAGUCCUGGCCCUCCAUCAACCUGCUGCUGGAGACGGCGGACUCGGACAUCCGGAGCUGCCCGCUGUGCCAGCUCGCCUUCCCCGUGGGCUACCCGGACGAUGCCUUGAUAAAGCACAUCGACUCGCACCUGGAGAACAGCAAGAUCUGAGCGCCCUGGACUGCACAGCCCCCUGCCCCUCCACGUUUCGGAUGCUGCAUGAACCCGCGCGGAGCGACGCGGCUCCCAAAUACCUCUGAGGCCUCCGUAGCUACGGAAAGGCGGACGGAGCCGCCGGC